AUGGCUCUCGAAAAGACGUGCAUCAUCGUCACCAACCUCGACAAGCAGGACUUUGUCGCGGCGCCGGCGCUGCCGAUGCUGGUGGCCGACACCAUCAAGUUCAAGGUAGCCCAGUGCUGUCCCCAGGUCGAGUACUGGCUGUGUCUCCCCAAUUUGGCGCGUAUCAUCGUUAUUUUGACCUCGGAAGCCGAUGCUACCAGAGCUGCUGAAACCAUUAGGGAGUGGGCGGCUGACAACCGGCCCCAAUUGCGGGUGCUGCUUCAGGAAAACCUCUUGCUGCGGUCGAAGCUGCUGGACGCGGUGUUGGAGUCGCCGGAGAUGAAAGUCCGCUCCCAGUUUACUGAGCCAUCACCACAAGCGUUUGACGUCGUCGCUGACCUUAAACACAUCGGUAUUGAUGUUUCUGACUAUAACACUACUUCAGAAAUGGCGGAGUGGCAAAACCCGCCGACGAUGGGCGUGGGCCGCUCCCGUAGUCAGACACGGACGUUAUUUAGACCCCGGCUCGACACCAGCGACGCUACUCUUAAGGCUAGAGGCGUCAGUCCCCCGACAUCGCCCACCAUCACCCUCGACGACUUUGCCGUCUAG